GCUCCGGAGCCGCCGCGGCCGCCGAGCGCGAGCCCCGCCGAGCCGCGGCGCGCAUUGCGGAGGGCGCGGAGCGCAGGAGCCGCCGCCUGCCCGAUCCGAAGGGGCAGCACGGGACCCCGGGAGCGCCCCCGCCUCCUCCCCGGGGCCGCCGCGGGCUCCGUGAGCCGCUUUUUCCCUCCGGCCGGCAGGCUGGGCGCGCAGGGGCGCGGGCCCCCGCCCGGCGCGCAGCGGCACCAUGGGCACGGUGCUGUCCCUGUCCCCCAGCUACCGGAAGGCCACGCUCUUUGAGGAUGGCGCGGCCACGGUGGGCCACUACACGGCCGUGCAGAACAGCAAGAACGCCAAGGACAAGAACCUGAAGCGGCACUCCAUCAUCUCCGUGCUGCCUUGGAAGAGGAUCGUGGCGGUGUCGGCCAAGAAGAAGAACUCCAAGAAGGUGCAGCCUAACAGCAGCUACCAGAACAACAUCACGCACCUCAACAAUGAGAACCUGAAGAAGUCGCUGUCGUGCGCCAACCUGUCCACGUUCGCCCAGCCCCCACCGGCCCAGCCGCCCGCACCCCCUGCCAGCCAGCUCUCGGGCUCCCAGACCGGUGUCUCUUCUUCCGUCAAGAAGGCCCCGCACCCUGCUGUCACCUCCGCAGGGACGCCCAAACGGGUCAUCGUCCAGGCGUCCACCAGCGAGCUGCUGCGCUGUCUGGGCGAGUUUCUCUGUCGCCGGUGCUACCGCCUGAAGCACCUGUCCCCCACGGACCCUGUGCUCUGGCUGCGCAGCGUGGACCGCUCCCUGCUUCUGCAGGGCUGGCAGGACCAGGGCUUCAUCACGCCGGCCAACGUGGUCUUCCUCUACAUGCUCUGCAGGGAUGUAAUCUCCUCUGAGGUGGGUUCUGAUCACGAGCUCCAGGCUGUCCUGCUGACCUGCCUGUACCUCUCCUACUCCUACAUGGGCAACGAGAUCUCCUAUCCGCUCAAGCCCUUCCUGGUGGAGAGUUGCAAGGAGGCCUUUUGGGACCGCUGUCUCUCCGUCAUCAACCUCAUGAGCUCCAAGAUGCUGCAGAUCAAUGCCGACCCGCACUACUUCACACAGGUGUUCUCCGACCUGAAGAACGAGAGUGGCCAGGAGGACAAGAAGCGGCUCCUCCUAGGGCUCGAUCGGUGAACCCUGUAGCCCGCAUCAUGGCUCAAGGAUUCAAUCCAUUUUUAAAAAUUUAUUAUUAAACAAAUCAGAUUUUGUGUACAGUAUGUGUCCAGCAAAGCCACCAAGGGCCGCUCCCUUCCCACCUUCUCUCCUUGGGGUUUUCUUCAGCCGUGCCAAGAACUCUGGGCACUUUUGAACUCCCGAACCUUGUGCAAAACCCAGAAGAUGUAUUCAGAGCCACCCAGGCCCCUGACCUCUCGCUUUGGGGCAUUCAGAGGACUGACCUGCUUCUGCCACCUGAGCCCUUGCUGGACCAGGGCAGGUGAGGCUGUCUGCCGCUCCCUGUGUGGAAGCUGGAGAGGGGCCUCUGGCCAGUUAGCCCAGGGAGGAAUUGGCAUUUCUGCUUGGAGGCCCUUUUCUGGCUCCUGUUUUGGGUCGUCCAUUCUCCCAGAGGCUCCUGGAGCCAGCCACCCUGACUGAGCCGCGUGGGGUUGUGAGGCAAGAUGCCCACCGCCCUGGGACGACCUCUUCAAUCGAGGAGAAGCCGCCCUGGUGGAAAGAGUGCGUCCUGUCGUUUGACCAUGCACGACCCUGGUUUGCUCUUUUGUCUUUUUUAGGGAGAAGGGCUUUCCUUUAGUGGAGACAUGGAAUUCGCCCCCCAGCCCGGCCCUCUUGUCUCCUGCCCUAGCCAUGUUGGUGGUGUUGGUUAAUGAGCUGGUUUGACUCAGUAAGUUCUUUCAUUUUGGGUCCCAGCUAAAGGGGUGGGGUGAAGCUGGGGACAGCUCCUUUCCUGGGUGAAUUUUUCAUUUGACUAAUGCAGCUUACCGUGUGGUGAAGGCCAGGACAGCUGCAGGUGCCCGUUAUCAACAGCCUGCCUUCUGGGCAGGUGGGGGUGCCAUGCCUGAGACCCAGCCGGUGCCCACCAAAGGGCUAAAGGCCUCUUGCUGGUGCACAUGCCAUUUGUCCUGCAGAGCUGGGCGGGUGAUGUCAGGGAUCAGGGUGAUGUGGUAAUGACGUACCCCUGCCCCCACCCCUGUUCAUUUAAAGCUGUUUCCAAACAGUUCAGUUUCUUCUGAAGAUGAAGCCUUGUCCUGCAAGGCCCAGGGAGACAGCUGGAUCUUGGAGACAAUUACAAGAUGGGAGUAGAACUCCUGAUGGCUUUGGAAGCCUGCUGAUUCUACAACUGAUCAUUUGCAGCUGCUGGUUUGGGUUUCCACUUGACCCUAGUGGCUGUAAAAACACAUAAUGUGUACUUAAUCAGUUUUCUUUCUAAUUCUCCCAGAUUGGUGGCUUGGGACUUGGGAGAGGACCAAGAGAAGGGAGCACGUCUUCCUCCAUGGCCCAUCAGUCUGGCUUUGGGGAACAAAGACCAAUGUGAAGAUGCUACAGAGAAUUCUCUCUUCUAGUCCCAAUCCCCCCGCAAGUGCUGGAAUGGGGGGCUGGGUGUGGGGUGGGGCAGAGGGUCGUUUUACAUAGGAUUAGGUUCCAGGUGGCUGCCGAUUUCAGCACAAGCACUACUGAAAUUCACAUAAAAAAGAGAAAGCUGUGAAAGUGACGUCCUGGUUUAUGAGGCCUGGAGCAGAGCCUGCUGGCCUGGGGUGUUCCCAGAUAUGAGGAAGAGGGCCUGCCUGUGCCAGGGGAGCAUUUGCCCCAGCUGUGCCUCGAGGUCCACGCUGAGCCAUUGCCGGGACUGCCGGAUAAUCUGAUGCGGAGCUGGAAGGAACCUGCGGCUGCUGGCACAGACUUCCCCGCAGCGCCUCUUCUCUGUGGGAGUUGUCACACAGCCUGUCUGUUCAGAUCCUGCUGCCACGUGUGACCUGAGGUAGGAGGGCCCGUGGGGGCAGUGGGCCCUGGCGGCGUGGAAGAGGGAGCUUCGGGUGCCGAGUCUCAAGAGGAGGGGCAGUGCGCGUUUGUAGUCACUCAUUCGGCUGCCUGAACUUGGCCUGAAACUGUGCGGUUGAGUUGCACCCACAGGAUUCCAGUUCUGUGUGUUUCCUUCUCUUUCUCCAUAUUUAUUUUUUUAUUUUUUGGAGGAGGUGCAAAUUUCAGGAAUGGUUGGAGACUAAGGAAAUAACUCUCUAGUUCCAUCAAUGUGAAGCCUGUUGUGUUCUCCCUCCCCUUGCACUGGUCAUCAGUAUUGUGUAAAGGAACUCAGACACUUGAGUGUGCAAGCAAUGAACCCAUUUGACAUGCUGCUAUGAAGACUACUUUUAGAACAACAAUAAAAAAAAGGAAAAAAACUAACCUACAAAAAAAAACCCUUUAUUCUUUAAUUGUUGCUUUUACAGUGAUAUUGUGCAUGCAAACCAGGAGCAUUUUGUGUCUUAAGAAAAAUAAUCUUAGAACAGAUGGCUGUGAAAAUUACACCCGUGCACAGAACAAGUCACAGGAAUAAUAGUUCCAGAUUUGGUUUUUCUCUCUUUCUUGUAAACCUGAAGGGUUGAUAUAUUCUUUCCAUGCAGUUAUUAGAAUUUAGUUUUGUUCCAACAGUUGUUAAACUUGCAAUGAAAAGGAAAUGUGCCAUUUUUUUCACUCGGAAUUAUUCAUAGCUGUAUAUUUGAAACUGCUAAUUACACACGUGCGAUGUAUGUUGGUUUUUUAGUGCAAUUUCCUCUGUAGCUAUUCUUUGACCAAACUGUGGGUAUUGUUAAUAUUAAUUUAUAUUUGUCUCAUUUUGUAUGUAUGUAGUGUGUUUGUAAGUAUGUGUGGUUUAUAAUCUGACAAGGUCAUGAAGCUCAGUUUGGCUGUAAUUUAAUUCCCCUUAUUUUUAUUUAUUUUUGUACUGUGCUGAUUAAAUAAAAUGCACUGACCAUCCAUUA